GGAAUAUAUCAGUUGUUGCUUCAUGUCACUAAAACUACAACACAGUUAGCAACGAGAUCUCAAUGUUAUAAAAUGUCUUUUAAAUUAACAGUUGCUUUCACAGUUCUUCUGUUAGUUAGUAGUUUAUUUGUGUUUACAAAUGGAAAUACAAAAACUUAUGCUCUACAUGAAGGUCGCCAGUGGGUGAAGUGUUGUUCCAGUGGGUACCAACAUAAACUGAUAUGUCCAGAUGCAACAGCUAAAUGUAGAUAUACAAUUAUUACAACAAGCGAAAAAGACAAAUUUACACAAAGAAGUAUAACUAAAAUAGAUUCUCAAAUAGAGUGUUUGGAUGAGGAAGAGAAUCCAUUAAAAUAUAACAGGUUUACGUCGAUAACACCAUGCAAUCCAUGUGAAAAAAAUUCAACUUAUAGAGGCACAGGGAACGUAUCACAUACUUGGAUACGUACAUUGACACUGGAAGACAUAUAACGAACUCCCUAGCAAAGCAAAUUGAAGAUGUAUCUUCAUUUCAGAAAAAAACAUUUUAUUAUUUACGAUAUGAUUAUAUUAUAAUGUAAAUCCUAUUUUAUUUCAACCAGGAAUUUAUUAGUUGGUAAUAAACAAACUUACCUAUCACCAAUCA